UCUUCUACAUCCGGGCAUUUCCUGCGUAAACAAACGCCACACACAGUCUGCUGCCGGUUGAAACCAUUGGACGCACCACAGACUCAUCCGUGGGACUUUUUGGCUCUGUGAUGGCUGGACUGAUGUUAACUCGCUGUGUGAGCGGCAGGACUCUUCUGUCAGCAUCUGCUGCAAGAUGCGUCAAAACCAGAGCGACAAACCGGAACUACAGGACUGUUUUAACGAGGAAUACCUCUGCUCUCACUCGUGGAGGAGCUGCAGUCCUCCUGGGGCUUCCUUCUCUGUCCUGCCUGCUUUAUGAAGCUCGUCACAGAGUGCAGCGUUCAGCCGUCGUCCACGCCUUGGAAAAAGAGGAGGUGCUGGAGCAGGCUGACUACCUGUACAGCUGUGCAGAGACAGAGAAGCUGUAUGAGCUGCUGCUGCAGUACAAGAACAGUGAUGAUACAGAGGUCAUGUGGCGGCUCGCCCGGGCGUCUCGUGGCCUCGCUCUGCUGCCCGACAUGGACGCCGAGCGGAAGAAACAGCUCGUGUUCGAGGCCUUCGAAUACGCAAAGAGAGCCCUGGAGAAGGACGACAAGAGUUUCGCAGCACACAAAUGGUAUGGAAUAUGUCUCAGCGAUAUCGGGGAUUAUGAGGGAGUCAAGGUGAAGAUUGGAAAUUCCUACAAGAUCAGAGAACAUCUGGAGACAGCCACCAAGCUAAAUCCCAAAGAUGCCACCUCCCUCCACAUCCUGGGUUACUGGUGUUUUGCGUUCGCUGAGCUGCCGUGGUAUCAGCGUAAAGUGGCCGCUGUCAUUUUUGCUUCACCACCAACGUCCACAUAUGAGGAGGCAUUGGCGUUCUUCCUGAAAGCUGAAGAAGUGGAUCCAAACUUCUACAGUAAAAACCUGCUGAUGCUGGGGAAGACGUACCUGGGGAUGAAGGACAAAGAGAAAGCUCUGCUGUGGUUAACCAAAGCCAAAGAAUACCCUCCUCACACACAUGAGGACAAAGAGGUCCAUAAAGAAGCCGUAGACCUCCUGAAAAAGCUGGGAUGAAGACUGUUAAUAACUACUUUAAAAUCAUGUUUUCUUUUGUAAUUACUGUAAUAAAGAAAUGUAAAUGCACAAUA